AUGGAUGUGUUCGCAUCGUCUGGCAACGACCAUGUGCCAGCUUCCCAAGUGUAUGCGGCAGCGGUGGAAGGUGGAGUUGCGGAGACUCCUGAUGCUAUUUUGCGUUGCGGCUCUUUUUCUGCCCAUCCUGACUGGGCAGAAUGUUCUGGAUUUCCUAGCAAGGCGUUGCAUUUCGAGCUCGGCUCUGUCUGGUGCUGGCGAGAUCUCGACUCCACCAAUUCCGUUCCGGUAGUUUGGCGAGAAGAGGACUUCAGCCUACACUUUCGGGGUGUCAUUUCUCCGGGUAGAGGCCAAGACCCAAUAAGUUCGCUUGAGGUUGGAUCCGACCUUGCUGCAGAUGCCAUUGAAAUAAAGCUUAAUUCUGAAUUGAAACCAGGCCGGGUUUCUUUCGGCACUCUCUUCGCUAUGGAAAAGUGGCUUUCUAUCUCACCUCUGUCCUCUUCUUAUUGA